CAGCCGCCUCUUUCUUUUGGUCUUGGCCUGUAGGCAGGAAGAACUUUCUUCUAGAGUCUCUUUGACCUUGAGCCAUCCUUGUUUGCACCUCUGUACAAAUUAUUCAGCUGAGGGGACACCAAUCUCUACCUAGCACAGCUUUGUGGGCCGAAGGCCCUGUAUUGUGCUGUAGGUUUUCUAUGUUUCUAAUGUUCAAUAGGUUCCAUGUUGGUGACUGGUGAAGUGCUUCGGCCUGAAAUCAUGACUGUUUAUUCCUCUGCGUAGAUGUUACCUGGUUUGCUGAGUUCGUCUGGCUGUUUGUUUUUGUUACUCUAUAUUUCCAGUAUCUGCAGAAUCUCUUUUGUUUUUUGUUUUAGUUCUGCAUUUGUUAGCGUGUUGGUCUUUGACUUUUGACACACUUCUGAUAUUGAGCAUAUUGUUUGUGGGAGCUCGCUGUGUUGAAAUAACUGCUAAGUUCUCUGCAGAAAAUCACUGCCUAAUUUUGAAUACAUGGCGGUAGGGAACCGGUACUUGUAGACACUAUCAAUGGCACCUUUCUUACCCAGAAAUCUUCGCGCUCCAAAAGCCGCUAUCGGAGGCUUACCUAUCAAAUGCGCAGGCGUUUUACGAAAAUAAAGCCCCUAGUUUCCGAAAAUCGCGCAUGCGCUGAGUGGACAACAGGCUCUGGAGGUUCGGUAGCAGGUUAAAAUCGGCAAAGAGUUUCUGUACAGGAAUCUCAAAGACAACACAUCAGUUCUGCUGUGUCUGUCCAGAAGUGACCAGAUAUUUCCUUUGUAACACCAACAUAUCUGUUGAUAGUUGGAAAUGAAGAUUAGAAACUUGUUUUGCCUCUGAAAUGACAAAAGCUUCUGUUUUAACUGAGUGAAAUGCACUGGAAAUGGGAUACUGAGAACACACCAGCAUUUAUUCACUAGAGAUCAGUUCUUCAACUGAAUUGAUUGUGCGAGGGAUUCACUAGGUCUAACAUCUGUCUUGAUGAAUCGCCAGAGAAUUGACAGCAGGGAUUUAUCGUUCGCCUACUCUCGGUGUGGGAAGUGAUUCACUCACUUAGCCGACUCGCAGAAACACCAGUGAGUUCACACUGGAUAGAGGUCAUUGACCUGCUCUGUGUAUGUGAGGGGAUUUACUCAGCCAUCCGGUCAGAAGACACAUCAGCAGGUUCACAACCGAAUGAGAGGGACGGUUCACCUGUUCUGACUGUGGGAAGUGAUUCAGUGUGUUACCCAUGCUGAAGAUACGUCAAACAACUGGUGAGAGGCCAAUUCACUGUUUGGUGUGUGGGAAGAAAUUCACACACUCAGCCUACCCACAGACACACCAGGGAGAGAGACCACUCGACUGUUCUGUGUGGUUGUGAGGGAUUCACUAGUUUAUCCCUCAUGAUGCCGCAUCAGAGAGUUCUCUCUGAGAAGAGGCCAUUCACCUGCUCAGACUGUGGGAAGGCAUUUACUCACCCAUCUCUCCUGCAGAGACACCGACGAGUUCACAGUGGGGAGAGACCAUUUAUCUGCUCAGUGUGUGGGAAGAGAUUCAUUCGGUCAUCUAAUCUGCUCACUCAUGAGCGAGUUCACACUGGAGAAAGGCCAUUCACCUGCUCAGACUGCGGGAAGGGAUUUACUCAGUCAUCCCACCUAAAAACACACCAGUCAGUUCACACCGGGGAAAGACCAUUCACCUGCUCAGACUGUGGGAAGGGAUUCACUCGGUCAUCUGACCUACUGGCACACCAAUCAGUUCACACCGGGGAGAUGCCGUUCACCUGCUCAGAUUGUGGGAAGGGAUUCACUCAGUCAUCCAGCCUGCAGACACACCAGCGAAUUCACACCGGAGAGAGGCCGUUCACCUGUUCAGUGUGUGGGAAGGGAUUCACUCAUUCAUUCCGUCUUGUAACGCACCAGCGAGUCCACACUGGGGAGAGACCGUUCACCUGCUCAGACUGCGGGAAGGGAUUUACUGAGUCAUCCAACCUGAUGAGACACCAGCGUGUUCACUCUAGGGAGAAGCUGUUCACCUGCUCAGACUGUGGGAAGGCAUUUACCCAUUCAUCUCACCUGAAGACACACCAGCGAGUUCACAGUGGGGAGAGAUUGUUCACCUGCUCUGUCUGUGGGAAGGCAUUCAUUCGAUCUUCUGAUCUGCUAAUCCACCAACGAGUUCACACUGGGGAAAGGCCAUUCACCUGUUCCGUGUGUGGGAAGGGAUUCACUCAAUCAUCCAGCCUGCAGACACACCAGCGAAUUCACACGGGAGAGAGGCCAUUUACCUGUUCCGUAUGUGGGAAGGGUUUCACUCACUCAUCCCACCUUGUGAAGCACCGGCAAGUUCACACUGGGGAAAAUGUUUAAUAAAGUUGCAUGCUGGAUGUUUAAUCAGCACGGUUGGUGAAUCCAAUGACAAGUUCCAAAGUGAGUUGGUGUCAAACUCUGCAAUUAUUGCUGCUGCUCAGCACAACCAGUUCUGCACCCUGGUCACUAGGCACGGGAGAGGCUCCUUCUGCGGAUGCUCACCUUUAAUGGGACUGGUGUUUGAUAUACUGGAUCUGAGACACUUCUACUUUAAACUCUCUCUCAGGUACCUAGUGUACAGUAGAGAGUCAACUCAGUCCAGCUGGUCUCUGCCCAUGUUUCUGAUCCACAACAGACUUUUUAAAUCCAUCCCUGCUGUUGACCUCUCGUUCUGCCUCUGGUGAUGGGUUCCAAAUGGUCACCACUCUGUGCAUGACGAGGUUUCCCUUGAAUUUCAUGCAUGACUUUCUGCAGACUGAAGAAGGAAAUGGGGUAGCUGCAGUUAUGUCUGACAUGUUCUUCAUUCCCCAAAUCUCUGCGAUGAGGAAGAAUGACAUUGGUAGUUAGCCUCUGUAUUCCCUGCCCUUCAACAUCAAGGGUCAUUUUCAAUGCUUCUGAAGUGCUGCGUCUCACACAGCUGGGUUGGUACAAUACACCACAGUCAUUUGAAGUCUGAAGGCAAAAUGGAGAACUAUUCAUUGGAUAUUCAAUGGGCAAGUGUUGGAAAUCAGAGUUGAGUCAGCACGGAGUAGAGUUUGGGGCUCUGGAUGGUGGUAGGGUUAAGAGCAUAUGAUGAGGAGAAGGAAAAUAGAUUGGGGAGGGCACAGCAAUACAGAGUAGUGACAUUGGAAGCUGCGUUACAGAAAAUCAAUUCUGUCAGAUUUGUGAAUUGUAGAGCACCUCGGUAGCAUAGCGGCUAGCUCAAUGUUACUACAGUGUGGGUUGUUGGAGUUCGGAGUUCAAUACUGCCACCCUCUGUAAGAAAGUUUGUAUGUUCUUCCCGUAUGUGCAUGGGUUUCCUCCAGGUGCUUUGGAUUUCUCCCACAGUCCAAAGACAUACUGGUUAGUAGGUUCAUUAGUUAUUGCAAAUUGUCCCAUGAGUAGGCUAGCGUUAAAUGGGCUAAAUCGGUGGGUUGCUGCUUGGCACGGUUUGGUGGACCAGAAAAGCCUGUUCUGCACUGUAUCUCUAAAUAAAAAUAAAAUAAAUAAAAAUAACUAGGUUGACUUUGACUAUUGAUACACACAAUGCUUGUUGACAUUGAAUGUAUUGAUUAAGUGAGCUUGCUGUGAGAAAGCAGCACACUGGGACGUAGCAUCCUCUAUGGGGUCAAUUAAAGGUGUGUUUCUCUUUUUUAAACAUCUUUUUUAAGAUCACAAGAGGCUACUGGACAUUAAAAACUUCAUGUACUGCAGGCCUACCCCAUCAGCUAGUUGCUUGUUAGCAGACGAUUGAGUACUGCUUGUUACAGAAAGGCGUUGGAGUUGGUGUGCAAAGGUAGUGUGCAGUCUAACAGUGAGUGAUUGUCUUGGUCAUUUUUCCUUGUGAUUGCAAGGCCCUGUUGGACAUUGGUAACAUGGAAUACUGUAAGUCUGAUUCAUUGGUUUAUUAGCAAGACCGAUGACAGAGGAGCUGUGUGGUCUCUGCUGUAGCACAGGCUAAGCCUCAUGCCUUGGUGUGGCCUGUCGCAACCGCCCAGGAGAGGUAACACCAGUGGCGGUAUCCAUGCUGGACUAGAGAGUGGCCCUCUCGUCAGUGCUGCUCUCCAGUGUUCAUUUGGUGAAAGACAAGCUGGUCAUCUGCGAUCUGCUGACAACAUCCAUUGACUCUGGGACUUGGGCUAUAUUAUCUUCUUUCUUGUGUGAUUGUAUGUUUACUGCUGUCUUAUAUGUGCUUUGUGCUGUGUAUGACUGUUGGUACUGUGUUUUUCAUCUUGAUUUCAGAGUAACACUGUUUCUUUUGCCUAUAUUCAUGAGUGUUCAUGCAUGGUUGAAUGACAAUUAAACUUGAACCUGUA